AUUUUAUUUGGGCAAAUUGUUUUUAUUAAAUUAUCACCAUGGUAAUGUUAUCGAUAGCGGUAAUCGAAUUGCUAAAACAGAUUUAUGCUGCAAUGAUGAUAUGAAUUAGAAAUCAAAAUUCUUGUAAUUUAUCAAUCUUUAUUUACUUCUGUGUUAAACUCCUUCAAGGAUUCAAAAUGUUAUCACAAUUUGCUUACUCAAAUUCGUUGUGUUUGACAUAAUAUAUGAUGAAUACGUGCAGUUCAACAUGUUUCGUUUGACAUUAUGCUUUAAUCCUUUGAAAUUAUUCUAUAUUAUCCUGAGUAAUUAUUCAGAAAAUAAUUAAAUCUUGAGGAUUUUAAAAAUAAAUAAAUUAAAAUUGUUGUCUAAAUUGUGUAGCAUGAACAAAAAAGAAGAUUCAAGACAGCAUGAAGAGAGUUAAUAUUUUUAAAAAUGGUUCUUCUACAAAUGGCAAGGUUAUUCUAGUAACAAGUUCUUUUAAUUCUCUUCUGGAAACUGCUGGGAAAAAACUAAAUGUCGACGCUAAAAUAAUGUACACUGCUCAAGGAGGAGAAGUAGAUGAUAUUAAUUUGAUAAGAGAUGCUGAUGUGCUGUAUGUGUCCUCUGGAGAACCAUUUAUUGAGAUUGUGCAAUCAACUUCAAAUGAACCAAUUUCCAAACAGUUUGCUUCACAUAGGCCUCCUGCUGCCUUGAUUUCUAAGGAAACUGUUUCAAAUCCAGAUUGGCUGCUCUUAAAUGUUGGUGGAAGACAUUUUGCAACUACAAGAAGUACAUUACUGACCAAAGAACCAAACUCUAUGCUUGCCUGUAUGAUAGCAUCUGAAGAGAGCUCACUUCUUCGCCCAAGUUCAGUUGAUAACUAUGGUGCUUUUCUUAUUGACCGUAGUCCUGUCUAUUUUGAACCUAUACUGAAUUAUUUGAGGCAUGGUCAAUUAAUACUUGAUAAAACCACUAAUCCAAGAGGUGUUUUAGAAGAAGCAAGAUUUUUUGGCAUUGAAAGUUUGGUUAAAAUACUAGAAAAGAAUGUGCAGGAAGAGCAACAUUCUUUUUCUGAUGGUGCAGCUCUUACUCGCCGAGAUGUUAUAAAUGCAUUAAUAUCUACGUCUUAUGCAACUGAACUGAGAUUUCAGGGUGUAAAUUUAUCCCAUGCUGAUUUGUCUCGAUUAGAUCUAAGGCACAUAAAUUUUAAAUAUGCAAACCUUCAUGAAGCAAAGCUAUCUGGAGCAAAUCUCAGUUACUGUUGUCUAGAACGAACAGAUUUAUCUCAUGCUAAUCUUGAAGGUGCAAUUUUACUAGGUGUAAAAAUGCUUUGUGCAAAUCUUGAAGGUGCAAAUUUAAGGUCUUGUAAUAUGGAAGACCCUGCCGGAAAUAGAGCUAAUAUGGAAGGUGUAAACUUGAAAGGUGCAGUUUUGGAAGGAAGUCAAAUGGCGGGUGUCAACUUGAGAGUAGCUACUCUGAAAAAUGCAAAUUUACAGAACUGUGAUCUUCGGGGUGCUGUUCUAGCUGGUGCUGAUCUUGAAAAUUGUGAUCUUUCUGGUAGUGACUUACAUGAAGCCAAUCUUAGAGGAGCUAAUUUAAAAGAUACAGCUUUUGAACUUAUGUUGACUCCUCUUCAUAUGUCACAAGCAAUACGAUAAAAGACUAAUGAUGUGUAAUUUACUUAUCUAGUAUAUUUAACUACUUAUAAUUGCUUCAUUCUUUCAUUCAUAAAAUAUUUGGUUUUCUGCAAUUAUCUUACAUAAAUAGUUUAUUUGAUGCUUUUCUGUUUCAGAUCACAUUGUAAAAAUUUUGUACAUACAAUUUACUCAAAAUAAAUUAGUUUUUUCACAA